UCUGACAGUUUCAGUUUGACCGUGGAUGGAAGCGAAAGCAAAACCGAACGCGCUCCCGUCGUCCGUCGUGUCCGUCCGUGUGCGCCCCGCGUUCCGUUCGAGUGUCUGAGGGCCAAAUUGCUGGCCAAAUUUACUGUUUUCUUGCCUUUCCGGAAGUCCCGCGCGCGCGCGCGCGUCCGCCGGUGAAAUUCGAUCCGUGAUUUUUUGUGACCCCCGAAUGGAUUGUUACUUUGGAAGUUUGAAAAGUUUUGCGUGAAUUAAAAAAAAAAAGGAAUCGCAGCCGACGACGCUGCGAGGUGAAAUUUGUUCCCCCCGGAUUUCGUCGCGUCGUCGCGACUUCGUUACGGUUUUGCCGGUGGGUUCUAGCCAGGACCCGGAUAGCUGGUCCGGUCCGGAAGUCUAAGGAAAAGUGAAGAAAAACGAGCGGGUCGGAUGAAUUCCAAGGCUUGCUUGGUUCGGGGUGAAGAGUUGGUAGCGGCCGGAGGGGAAGGUCAUCCCGACCAGAAGUGAACCGCCCGGAGCGGGCGGUCUGUGAACCCGAGGAAGAAAGAUUUUUUUUCUGAGUGUUGUGUUUUGUUUAGGAAAUUUGAGUGCGUUUCGUCGGGCAAAACUAUUUUGCAUCACUUUUGCUAACUUCAGCGAGAAGAAACGGAUGCUCAAGAAGGGGAAAUAAGGCCAGAUUUGAAGCGUUUUGGCCACUUCAACGAUCGCUGGCUUGUGGAGUGAAAUUCGCCAAUAAGUGGAAGUUCAAAUUGAAGAGAGGAAUAAAUCGCGAUAUUCAACUUGGUGUGUGCAACUACUUCUGGAAAAGAGGCAAAAAAUUAGCUUCUUCUCAAACAGCAGCAGCACCUUCCGGAGGAACGUCGAGGCCUCGCUGAAGAAGAGACGCAGCAGCACCCAGCAGCAAAGGUUAUCCCCACGGUCCGGAGGAUCAACUUCAGCGCAGCGAUGAUCGCCGGUAGAAGCGUGCCCAACACGGGACCGGAGACCUUGUCGUUCUGAGAAGCUGCGGAGAAGCGAUAAGAGAGAGUUCUUUUAAGGCUCGCGACCAUGACCAUGCCAAGUCGCCACCCCCAUAAACAUGACGGAUUCGUCGCGGAACCGCGCCGAUAACAACUUCCCGGACGUGGUCGUACCUUCAGCAGCAGGACAGCAGUCGCAAUGCAGUGGCCCUGGUGCCAUGGUUGUUGGGUCGGCCCAAGCUUGAUUACGUAAUUACUCGAACCCCUCUCACUGUGAACGAUUCUCGGACCCCGGAAGAGUAGCUCAAUUCGAUAAUCUCCACACGACUACACGCUCGCGCUCAGUUUAACGAUGGCCGAAAUGAGUCCAAGUGGCGGCGGAGGACCGCCGGUUCCCGCCGUGCGGACUUCCUCGCUGCAGCAGCCGGUUCCACAGUCUAGACCGAACGCGACAACCACGCAGGCAGUAGUUCACCACUCGGCAACUCCGCAGCAGCAGCAGCAGCGGAACCACCAAGUGUACGCGCAGCCGCCGCAGCAGCAGCAUCUUCAGCCGCAGGUCAUCCUGGCAUCCGGAAGUCCUGCAGUACAGCAGCAUCCGGUUCCACAGGCUACCAACAAUCAGAUUCUCGUCACCUCCUCCGGCCUCGUGAGCGGGCCCCGGCUCGUGGUGCUGCACCGGCACAAUGGCGACUUUGGCUUCACGCUGCGCCACUUUAUCGUGUACCCACCGCCGGACGCGCACCCCCCGGACCCGGGCGCCGACCGUCUAGCGGCCGCCGCCGGGAUGCCCAACUUUGCCCAGCCCAUGGACACCGUGUUCGUGAAGAAGGUCCACCCGAACUCGCCGGCCUUCCUAGCGGGCCUGCAGGAGGGCGACCGGCUGCUCGCCGUGAACGGCCUGUCGGUGGCGAGCCUGCCGUACGCGCAGGUCGUCGCCACCAUCCAGCAGACGCCUAAGACGCUCACGCUGCAGGUCGUGCCGAAGAACUACGAUUUGCUGCAAACGUACUUUAGCGAAACGGCCUACAACCCGGAAACGAACCAGCGACCCCAGCCCCAGCAGCUCUUCAUUCCAAAGGCGUCCUCGACGCCCUCCUCCCACCACCGGACGUCCACGGGUGGUGGCAAGCGGCAAGUCCUCACCGAUGUCCAGGAAAAGCAGGAAUCUCUGUACAGCACGCUGCAGGAAAUCGUCGAAAGUGCCGCGGCCGUGGCCCCAACCAGCAACCACAACAAACCCGCCGCCAUCUACGCCGAAGUGCCCAAGAUCCGAAGUCCCCCGAUCGCAGCGGAAGCGCCCAAGCCCAAGCCGGUCGUGUUCGACUUUGACCCGAUCAAGCAGCAGCAGUACCUGGCCCAGCAGCAGCAGCAGCAGAAAAUGCUGCUCCAGCACAGCCGCGACAGCGACUCGAUAAGUUCGUACGAUUCGGUGAAAUCGGCCGCGACCCUCUCGGCCAACGACGUCGUCCUGAUGGGGGGCGGCGAUAGUGCAAUAAUGUCCCGUCUGCGCAAGAGCUUCGAGCAGAAGGAGGAAUUCCUGCGGCGCCCAGCGCCGGCCCCCACCUCCUGUGCUGCCGCCGCCUCCGACGUGCAGCAGCGCGAGUUCUACGGCCGCCCGAACCGGCUUCAAAAGUCCGUGUGGCCACCGCCACCCUCAAACGCAACAAUGCCUGUGAUAGCAAACGAAAGCAACAACCACCAACACCACCAGCAAGAUUCCUUACUCCGGCCAACGACAACGAAAAUGUCCUCCGGGACGCAAACGCACGCGGCCAGCCUGGCGGCGGCCCGCGAGCAGCACAGCUCCGCGAUGUCCGCCAUCCGGGAGCAGUUCUUCGCCGGCACGAAUGGGGAGCCCAAGUCGGCGCCGCCCUCGUUGCUGCUCAUUCAGCAGAACCAGCAGCUGAGCGGGUCGCAGUCGGCGCUGCCCCUGUCGCCCGCCAGCAUGCACGUCGUUUCGGAGAAGGCCAAGCUGUUCGAGUCGGGCCGGCCGCUGUCGCCGGACGGGGUCGACAGGGCGGAGUUGUACAAGAGCGAGCUGAGUCGGAUGAAUCCGAAGCAGGUCGUGCCGAAUGUGGCCGUGCGACGGAAAGAGUUCGAACUGAAGGCGGAAAGUACCGGCUGGAGGAGGUCGACAGAGGAAAAGCCCCGCUCGGUGAGCUCGGACUCCGAGUCCCGGCGAACGCCGGUGCGGGUCCGCUCGCUGUCGGUCGAAUCCAGCGGCUCCAAGGAUCCGAUGGCGUCGCUGUACGCCGCCUCCACGGCCAGCAGCGACGACCAGCAACACUCGCUGCCGACGUCGGCCAAGGACACACCGGGGUCGUGUUCGCUGCUCCGGCAGCGUCCGGUCCGGGAGAACUCGUACCGCCACGCGGUCCGCAACUCGACAGCAUUUUGGUUACAAGGACCGGCCACCGCGGGAUCAUUCGUGCCGCCCCCGUCCGCACUGAGUCCGCCCCCUUCCUCGGCCCCGCCCACCCACGGUCACCUGUCCCACUUUUCCUUCCCCACCUCCUCCUCCUCAUCGCCACCGUCGUCACUCUCCCUCGGAAUUGGUUCUGCACCGGUUCCACCGGCCAGAACGUACGCCGCGGCCCACCGCCUUCAGCAACCGUUUUCCGAGGAGCAGUUCCGACUCAAGUUGCUCCACCGGAACCAAACCAUCGUCGAGGUGCACAGCCAACCUGGUGGGCACGACGGUGAGGGUCCGGGCGGCGCCGGAAGUGGCUUUGACGCGGACGUGGACAUGCAGUUGUACACGCCUCCCGCUCCUCCCCUGCUCAGUUCCUCUUCCUCCUCCUGUAAGCCUCUGUCGGUUGUGCCGGAACAUGGGGAUGGCGGCGGUAGAGCUGCCAAUGUGGUCGUUAAAUCCGGCGGAACGGCACCGAUGGUGGCGCCGGUGACGACGCCCGUCCGACCGACGACGUUGAAUUUGUGUUCAGACUCCAACCAGGUGGUCCUCCGCCAGAAGCAGCAGCACCAGCAGCCGUUGACCAUCGAAGAGGAUGAGCGGAAGACGCGCCGAAUCUCGUACCUCCGGGCGACGGCCCACGACAACCUGCUGCACAUGAUGGAGUCGUCGGCGGAGCCGUCCGUCGACAGCAGCCCGAUGUCGCUGCCGCCGGACACGCCCGACACGGAACCGGAAGUGGCCUGUGGCAAUGGUGGCGCUGGAGGGGAUCAGUUGAGUUUGCAAUCGCAGCAGCAGCAGCAGGUUGUGCCGCAGAUUCAGCUGCAGCCCCAGCUGCCGCAGCAGCUCAAGAGCGCGUAUCGUCCCUGGCGACGUCCGCGUUUCAACACCGACAUUCAACCGCUGCGAAGGCUGUUUGAUGAGUCAGCCCCGGGGGGCGGUGGUCAGGGCAACCUGCCGCCGAUUCUCGAGUCCCAGCAGCAGCCGUCGACGACGACAGCAAAUAACUCCGAACCGACGACUCCGACAACUCCGACAAACCGGGAAUUUUACGACCCGUCCAAGUUCGCGGCCAUCGUGACCGACAGCGACGGGGAAGUGGGGGAGGAACCUACGGUCGCGAUCCGGAGCGCCGCCGGUCAGAGGACGGCCCAGAAGCGGUCGGCUUCGCUGACGACGACCUCGUUGGGCGGGGCUCAGCUGACCGGAAGCAGUCUGGGGAAUUUGCACGUGAUCACCACCACGUCGGCGUCCGGGAUCGUCACGAGGAGUUACUUCUUCGCGCAAAGCCACAGUGCCAAAUCGAAGGCGUUGGCCCACUUCCGGGACGCACCCGCCGACCCCUCGGUCCCGGUGACGCGCGAGGGCGAGCUGAACGUCAAGGUGACGCUCAUCGAUGGGAAACGCUCGCAGGAUCGCUCCUGGCGGACGGUCCACGCUGAGUUGCGUGGAACCCGGCUCCGGUUGACGCUGCUCCGCGACGGCAAGAGCUCGUCCAGUCAGAGCCCAGAACCGUCCGGAAUCAUCGAUCUCACCAACUUCCACGUGGCCGAGGGCAACUACACCAAGCGGAAGAACGUCUUCAAGCUGACCACGGUGUCGUACCAGCAGCAGAACUUCCAGCAGUACCCUCCAACACCAGCCGCCCACCAGCGCCCAGUCCCACCAGCAUUUGGCGCUCCAUCACACGCAGUCGUCUUCCGGCGGACUGGGCGGCGGCUCCUCGUCGGUGGCGGCGUCCUCCUCCUCCGGUGGGCUGUACCGGGGCUACGAGCGGGAACUGCUGCUGCAGGCCGACUCCCAGCAUGGCGUUUUCACGCCAUGCUGCUAGUGAUCAUGGAUCUGAUCCUGACGGCACCCAUCUUGCAAGAGUACUACGCGUGGGACGGUGCCUUCGGCAGUCCGCGCCACUUUGUCAGCUGUGGCCACGAGCAGGGCCGGAUUCAGCGCCGGUUCGGCCGCAUGCUGACCGGGUCGUUCCGGAGGACGCGUGACUACAUCAACAACCUGGGCGGACAGCAGGCCGAACCGCAGCGGGUGGCCGCCCUGACGAGUGUGCAAUCGACGACCAGUACGGACGAGUUUUCGCCGGUGCUGUCGGCCAAAUCCCACCGCAAGUACGCGCUGGGUUCGCGAUCUCCGUCCGGCCAGUCGCCGGUAACCAAGAGUCGGAAGACGCCGCAGCAGAGUUCAGCGGCGGUGUCGGCACCGGUUCCAAACAGUGGUGGCCACCACCACCAGUCGUCGCAGCACCAUUCCUCGUCGCACAGUGGGAAGGAGAGCUCGGACAAGGAGACCGGCUCGCCCAAGUCCAAGACGUGGAAGGGCAUCGUGGCGCGACAGUUCCGGAAGAUGCAGGGUCAACCGGGAUCGCCGCAGAAUGCCGAGAUGCUGCUGCCGGACGGGGCGUCGAUCAACGUGCCGCUGCCAAUGUGUCCACCGUCGGACGAAAAUCCGUACGUCCCGUUGCUGUUGGCCAAGUGUACUGGCAUAGUCGAGUCGAAGGGUCUCUCCGUUACCGGGAUCUACCGGAUACCGGGCAACACCGCGGCCAUCACCGCCCUCACCGAACAGGUCAACCGCGGCAUGGACGAAAUCACCCUGCGCGACCCCAAGUGGGAAGACGUCAACGUAGUUUCAUCCCUGCUCAAGCUCUUCAUCCGAAAUCUCCCCGAGCCGCUGCUUCCGAACGACCUGUACAACAGCUUUAUCGCCGCCGACCGGCUCUCAGGCCAGCCCCGGCUAAUCGAGAUCAAAGCCCUGCUGGCGCGCAUUCCGACCUACAACUACGAAACGCUCAAGCACCUGAUGCGCCACCUGUACGUGGUCAGCAUGAACGCGCCGGUCAACCUGAUGGACCCGCGCAACCUGGCCAUCGUGUUUGGGCCGUCGGUCGUGCGGUCCGCCAACGAGUCGCUCGAGGCCGCCGUCAAGGACAUGAAGCACCAGUGCCAGAUCGUCGAGGUGCUCGUGAAUCACUACACCUACUUCUUCGAGGACGACCUGCUGCCUGCAGUGGAGGAAAAGCAAUCGACGAGUACCGUUGAUUCGGGACUGGACGUGCCGUCGGCAUCACUGUUGCUUGACAAUGUUUCUAAAAUCGAACCAUUCAAAGACUCAUCAAAGGAAAGUAGCUCACACUUUGUGGCUCAGAUCGUGCAGGCAGCAAACCGGAAGAUCCGAAGAACGACCCAACGUAAGAGCACCAUGUCCUCGACGACGCCGGACACGCUCUCGCUUGACAGUACAACGUCGGCGGAAUCGAAGGAGCAAUCGUCGCGGUCUUCGCACCACCACCACCGGGCGACUUCGUCCUACCUGCAGCAGCAAAUUGGACCGGCGUCGCUGGCCGCCCUGGACCGGCACUCGUCGUCGUCUCCGGCGGCCCACACCAACGACCAUCAGCAUUUCUUCGGUGGCCGGCAGCAACUCGGCAGCAGCCAGAGCAACGACGACGCUUCCUCAGUAUUAAACCGAUCGUCCGAGGAGGACUCGAACGACAGUGCGUUUGCCGACAAUGUGGCUAACCACCACCCGGCUUGUUCUCCGCCCUCUCUCUCGCCGCCAGGUUCGAUGUCCCUCAAGACGGUCACGAUCGCGCUGGAUCACAAGCUGCGCUCCCUGCGGAACUCCUCGGUCGACUCGGACCGGGACGUGGCGGACACCGGUGGCGGCGGCGGCGGCGGCAUCGGAACCCCAACCGGAACCGGCCAGGACAGCGACGGCAGCAGCAGCUGUUGCUACAACGAGCAACUGCAGGCGACUCCGACGCGACGGUCGGUGCACCACUCGCGGCCACUCACCCUCGGCGAGAACAUUCCGUACGCGGACGAAUCGCCCGAGCGGCCACUCAUCCAGAGCCGGGCCAAACCGCUGCGCCAGCUGAGCAAUAGCAACGCUAACGGAAACUUUGUCAAACCGUGCACGGAAAAGACCAACAGCAGCGGCAACCUGGGCAGCAACACCCUGAACAACAACUCCCAAGCGGACGACUCCGUCCGGUCGGCCCACUCGCAAAAAUCGCUGGACAGCAACGGUGGUGGCGGCGGAACCGGUACCACCAACUCCUCGACCAACGACAGCUGCGUCACGCUGAUGAACGACCAUCUGGACGAUCUGGACGACCUGGACGCCAACUCGGACAAGGUGAACAACAUCUCGAUCAGCUCGGACGACACGGACACGUCGACGACGAGCAACCCGCGGGAGAAGCUUACGGCGGCCGCCUCAACCUACCGGAUCGACAACGAGGUUUUGAAAAAGAUGAAUCGGAUUCUGACGAAUCUGGAGCGGAAGGAACAACCUGGAGCGGAAGUUCAACCUGAACCGGUCCCUUUCGUUGAACUACAAAAUCACAAGAAUCUGGAGUGCUGCUGCGGGCAUCACCACGGCGUCGGCGCGGUCGUCCCCGGGACGAACAUCCCGGUGCAGUGCUGCAACAACAACAACAACAACCUGCAAAACCACGGCAAUAACAACAACAACAACAGCGUCAGCGUCAACAACAGCUUGAACGUGCGCUCGCGACUCUCGCUCACAAAGGACGAAAAAACAGACAAGAACAUUAACCGGCGGAGGCAGAUUCACGACGUGAGUCACACGUGCGUGCCGGCGGGACCGCAGAUUAUUCUGACACCGGCGGCGACGACCACGACGAGUGCGCAGCCAACUUCGGGUCGACACCGGAGGCAGAUGGGAAACAGGUCGAUCCGGAGGAGGCACACCGUGGGGGGAACGCACGAUUAUUCGGCGGGGAAUGCGACGGCUGCCGGAGGGGGGAAGGUGCAGGCGUGUCCUGCAGGGCAAGGGGUUUGUGAGGGGUUACGACGGGGGCGGCUGUGGGGAGGAUAA